CGGGGCCAGGGCUUCUCCACCCACACGGGCGACAUUGGCCGACCGUGAAUGGCCACCCGAAGUUGGACUGUGGGGCGUUGCGGUAAAUAGACAAAUGCCCGAUCUGAUCUUCUUCUGCCCUUCCUGUCUCUGAUCCACCGUCUUUUCGCGUUCAAUCCCUGUAAACCGACCAUCAAUCGUAUUCUUUAUCCCCGCGAUAUCGCCAAUCUAUCCCAGUAUGCACGAGAUGUCGCAUAUGGGCCCGAGGGCCUUCAACCACGACCAGAGCCAAGACGCCGAAGCCGAGUACGACCGACUCCGCGAUCUCGCGCGACAAGAAGCCAACAAGCGCGGAUCAUGUUUCCAACGAUCCCAAGAAGCAUACACCAGCGGCGACGGCGCGGGGGCCAAGGAGCUCUCCGAGCAAGGCAAGGCCCACGGUCGCAAAAUGGAGGAAUACAACCGCCAGGCGUCGGAGUUUAUUUUCCGCGAGAAUAACGCCAAUGGACGCGUCGAGGCGGAUACGAUUGAUCUGCAUGGGCAGUUUGUUGAAGAGGCGGAAGAGAUCCUUGAGGAGAGGAUUAAGUAUGCCAAGGCGCAUGGGCAGACGCAUUUACAUGUAAUCGUCGGAAAAGGAAACCACUCCACCCACCACGUCCAAAAGAUCAAACCGCGCGUCGAACAAGUCUGCCGCGAACUCGGCGUGCAGUACACCACCGAGGAAAAUGCCGGCCGCAUCUACGUCAAUCUCUCCGGCGGGCCGGCUCACAUGCCUCCACCUUCGUCCCAGCCCCAGCAGCCACACCAGUACCCCGGUCAGCAGCACCACCAGCACGCGCAGCCGCAGCCGCAGCCGCAGCGUCAAAACCAGCAGGAUCCGGUCGAGCAGGUUGUGCAGAGGGUUUUGCCGCGUGUGGUGCGCAAGUUGGAGAAGGCUUGUUGUGUUGUUAUGUAGGGUUGGUUUUUCAUACACUAUAUAUUUGUGAUUUAGAUCUUUGCCGAGGAUGGAUGUUACUAUGUGCAAGGUUGAAGGUCCCGAGGGGCUGGUCGUUAUACCCAGAUUCUACUACUGUCUACUAUCCUUUGGUUAGAUGUGUGACCUAGACAUGUCAUGUC